GGCAAAAUUCCUAAACCCUAGCGUCUAUUUCCGUCGUCGUCGUCUUCUUCUUCCUCUGCAACCUGUAACCGGAGGCGCGAGGGUAAGAGAAGAAUGGAGUUCGAAGUAGGGGAAGAUUCCUCACGGAGGCUCCAUGUUAAGUUCGUCACGAAGCUUAACCCUCCAUUCAAAGUUCCCGCUGCCUCCGUCGCCAUCCCUUCCAAUCUCACGCGACUCGGUCUCUCUUCCAUCGUCAAUUCCCUUCUCCUUUCCGGGGAUCCUGAAUGGAAAACUGAAGCAUUUGAUUUCUUGAUCGAUGGCGAACUUAUUAGGAUGUCUCUGGAAGAGUUUCUUCUGGUCAAGGGCAUAUCGGCGGAAAAAACUCUUGAAAUUGAAUACAUAAGGGCUGUGGCACCAAGAAAAGAGGAAGAACCGUCAUUACAUGAUGACUGGGUCAGUGCUGUGGAUGGCUCUAAUUCUAGGUUCAUUUUGAGUGGCUGCUAUGAUGGCUUGGGACGUAUCUGGAGUUCUGCUGGAUCAUGUACACACAUUUUAGAAGGCCAUGCUGGUGCAAUCUCCUCUGUUGCUGUUGUCAACUCCAAUGGUGCAGAGGGUGUCACUGUAGCCACUGCAUCAAAAGAUCGGACAUUGAGAUUGUUUAAGGUUGAUCCAGCUGAAUCUGUUGAUCCUCCCACAAGAGUAAGGGCUUACAAGAUAUUGCGAGGGCACAAGGCAUCGGUGCAAAGCAUUGCUGCGCUAACAUCCGGGAACAUGAUCUGCUCAAGUUCUUGGGAUUGUACGAUAAAUCUGUGGCAUACGAACGAUUCUACCUCAGAAGGGGAGUCGGUGUCGGUGAAGAAAAGAAAAGGAAAUAAUCAGGCAGGGGAGACGCAGUCAGAGGGGGAAGCUUUGACUACAUUUGUGGGUCACACACAAUGUGUCUCAUCGGUAGUUUGGCCCGAGCACGAGACGAUCUACUCUGCUUCAUGGGACCAUUCUGUAAGGAGAUGGGAUAUUGAGACAGGGAAAGACUCUUUGAACUUGUUCUGCGGGAAAGCUCUGAACUCGGUGGAUGUUGGUGGUGAAAGUUCUGCACUUGUAGCUGCUGGUGGUUCAGAUCCCAUCCUUAGAGUGUGGGAUCCUCGUAAGCCAGGAACAUCUGCUCCCGUGUUUCAGUUUUCGUCGCACACAUCUUGGAUAUCUGCCUGCAAAUGGCACAAAACGUCAUGGUUUCACUUGCUAUCCGCAUCUUAUGACGGCAAAAUCAUGCUCUGGGAUCUCAGAACUGCUUGGCCAUUGUCAGUGAUGGAUACACACAAGGACAAGGUUUUAUCUGCGGACUGGUGGAAAGGCGACAGUGUAAUCAGCGGAGGAGCUGACUCGAAGCUUCGGAUUUCGUCCGAAAUCUCUAUCCAAUAAGGUCUCUCUCUCUCUCUCGCUCUCUAUGAUCACGAAUCUUCCUACACAUUGAUUUAUCGGAAGACCCUUAUCCUUAAUCCCAUCUCUCUGUUGGGUUGGAGCAAUCCAUUAAAAUGUCAUUGAAUGGAUCAAAAUUCAAAUGUUGUAAGCUCUUUGUUACUUGUCACAGAGAGAGACUUUUUUUUUUGUUAUUCUAUAUGUUUUUUUUAUAAUCUAUACUUUGAAUUUUGAAACGAAA